GCUCAGCGCGGGGGCCGCGGUGGUGGGGCGCCUCUGCCCGGCGCCCGCCAGAGUUGGACUGUUCGGGACCGCGCCGGGCCGAGCUGUCGCCCGUGCUGUCGCCGCCACCGCCCCGGCGGCCGCAGAUCGCGGGGAAGCGCCUGCGAGGAGCCCCGUAGCCGCCCCGGCGGGACCGCCGCCGCCGCCAGCGCGAGCAACAGCUUCCCGGCGGGGCAGCCGCUGCCCCCGGCGCCAGCGGCCCGCGCUCCGAGGGCUCCAUCUUCCCAGGAAGGCACAGAUUCCCUUAGCUCCACCAAAUCUUCUGGAGUUUCUGUUACCUCUCCCUCCAUCAUGGCUCAGCACAGAGCUGGUAAAGGGGCUGGGACCUGGGUCCCCUUUUCAGGUACCCACGUAUGAAGUACUACUUAAGCCCUGACAACUACCCUGAAGAUGGAAUUAUGAAUAUGGCAACUUUUCUGCGGGGCUUUGAAGACAAGAGGAUAAAAAACGACCGGCCUGAGGACCAGUUCGGUAAAGAGAAAAAGAAAAUCCUGUUCUCCUUCUGUGAGGUGUGCAACAUCCAGCUGAACUCUGCCGCCCAAGCCCAGGUCCAUUACAACGGCAAAUCCCACCGCAAGCGCGUCAAGCAGCUGAGCGAUGGGCAGCCUCAGCCCCCGGCUCAGGGUGCGGGGCCGCUGCUGGCCAGCCCCAGCGCCACCAGCACAGAUCUUCGGGGCUGGAGCCAAGCCUCGGGAGCACUGUGCCUCACGCUGGUCUCCUACUGGAAGUUUUGUUUAUCCAACUUGGUUGCUCUCGAAGCUGGUGAAAGCCCUGCCAGGAUGUGGAGUGGACUUCCUAGCAGAGGCAGUACAUGCCACACUACUACCCUUCCUGCUCUUGUGCGCACACCUACUCUGAUGAUGCAGCCUUCACUGGAUAUCAAACCAUUUAUGUCUUUUCCAGUGGACAGUAGUUCUGCUGUUGGACUCUUUCCAAAUUUUAACACAAUGGAUCCUGUGCAAAAAGCAGUUAUUAACCACACGUUCGGAGUGUCCAUUCCCCCAAAGAAGAAACAAGUUAUUUCUUGUAAUGUCUGUCAGCUUCGCUUUAAUUCGGAUAGCCAGGCCGAGGCCCACUACAAAGGAAGUAAACAUGCCAAGAAGGUCAAAGCACUAGAGGCAACGAAAACUAAACCCAAAAUGGUUUCUUCCAAGGACAGCGCAAAGGCUAACCCCAGCUGCUCCAUCACUCCACUCACAGGCAACAGCUCUGACAAAUCAGAAGACAGAGGGAAGCUAAAAAUCAGCAGUUCCAGCCAGCCAUCAAACUCUGAAGGUGGCUCCUUUCUCCUCAAAUCUGGCACAACAGCCCUGCCACUGGGCGCAGACACUUCUCCCUCCAAGAGCACAAAUGGGGCUCCUGGUACUGUCUCUGAAUCAGAAGAAGAAAAAGCCAAAAAAUUGCUUUAUUGUUCGCUAUGCAAAGUGGCUGUGAACUCCCUGUCACAGCUGGAGGCACACAACACAGGAUCUAAACACAAGACCAUGGUUGAAGCUCGUAAUGGGGCUGGUCCAAUUAAGUCCUAUCCUAGACCUGGAUCAAGAUUAAAGAUGCAGAAUGGUAGUAAAGGGUCAGGACUACAGAACAAGACAUUUCAUUGUGAAAUCUGUGAUGUCCAUGUUAAUUCAGAAAUUCAACUCAAACAGCACAUUUCUAGCCGAAGGCAUAAGGAUCGAGUUGCAGGGAAACCACUGAAGCCGAAAUACAGCCCCUACAACAAACUCCAGCGGAGCCCAAGCCUCUUAGCAGCAAAACUUGCAUUCCAGAAAGAUAUGAUGAAGCCUUUGGCCCCAGCCUUCCUGUCCUCGCCCCUGGCAGCGGCAGCUGCGGUGUCCUCCGCACUGUCACUGCCACCCCGGCCUUCCGCCUCGCUCUUCCAGGCACCAGCCAUACCUCCCGCCCUCCUGAGGCCGGGCCAUGGGCCCAUCCGUGCCACACCUGCCUCCAUCCUCUUUGCUCCCUACUAAGUCUGCAAGCCCCGAGUCGGUUGAGGCCAGUAAGUAGGAACGUUGAGAAGAAAAGCCAAAAGGAUUCAGCAAGUCAAGCAUUUUGUGUUGCAGUGCCCUCACCCAGCCACAAGAUGUGAGCCCGACUCCAAAGAACAACCCAUCACUAGAUUCAAGCGUGCUUUUAGGGCCCGCUCCUGUCAUUUGGGAAUCCCAGCAGCACAAGCUUUAUCUCCCUAUCCCCUGCCCCAUUCAAUCUGUGUAUCUGAGAUAUUUGGUUUCUUGCGACUGUAUGGGUCAGAAAAAAACAUAGACAUAUAUCAUUCUCUGACUAUUUUUCCAUGAGUGUGAUCUGGCUUAGAAACAAUAUGGAAUAUUUUCCUGACAGACUUGAAAAGUAGGGUCUUCCUCAUAUGUCUGUAAAUAACUCUGGAAUCAAAUUGGGCACAUUCUAGUGUGGAACACAAACAGAUGAACACAAGUGCUUACUUGUGGACCCCAUCCUACCAAUGGAUCACAACGUUUUCUUUCUGGUGUACUAUCGUUGACAGGGAUUGUGUACUGUUUUAGACCCAAGUACUGUUGUACCCGGUGUAGUACUAGAUCUGUAUCUCUUGUCUGAAUUAAACACUUUUUUAGUUGCUGUGUAAAUGUUAGGAAGCAAAAUAGCUUUGAAUUUUCUCGUUAAGAGAACAAAAGAUAAAGUAAUGUAUUGUUUUUUCAUUUUCCAUUUUAUUGGGUGAUAUUUAAAUGAAAUAGAAAGCCAUAUAACAUAGCUAUAAUUACUACCUGUUUGCUAUUUUUGUUUAACUUAUUUUGUAGCUUCCUCACCAGUUUGAGUUGCUAAGCAAAUGUAUACAAACAGAAAAGAGCUUCCUGAAUUGCACAUUUUUGCACCUCCUGUGCAUUCUGCAAGAAGACAAUGAAUCCAUGUGUUUCUACGUAAUUAUCUUCUUCGUUUUUAACCUGUUUUCAUUUGUAAUGAUGCUACAUAAUCUUGUGGCUCCCUAAUGCAAUAAUGUACAGAAGAUAAAAAAUUUAUAACUGAACAGUUUGUCUUUCUGUUCACUGAAUAUGUUGCAGGUCAUGCUGCCAUGCUCCCUUUCUAAGCUGGUAUCAACAAAACUGGAAUGUUUGUGAUAUCAGGGGUAAGAAGUAUCAUAACACAACAAACCAGAGUGAACUCUUUUUGAGCAUCUGUAUCUGCAAUCUGUAAAUGGUAAAAUGUCUGUGUAUUUUUUUAAAUGUACCUUUUCAAUAAAAGUACAAAA